AUGUUGGGGGGAAUGAUAUGUUGCAACAAGAUUAAGAAGAAGGGUCAGCAAGACACGUAUACAUGGUACAUGGAAACUCAUGUUGGGUACCACGUACCAUAUCCUGACAUGAGCAACACCUGCUAUGGAACCCAUGGAGAUGCUGCAGCAACAAUUAUGGUCUAUUGCAAGCAUUUCGUCAAUUUCACGGAGUUUGUGCGGAAGACAAAGGACCAACCUGGGCUAAUGAACAUUGAACAGAACUUCGCCGAUGCUUUAAAUGACAUACCCACCAUCACAGAGUUAUGCGUUCUCGCCCUGUACAACAUCGCCGUCUCACAGCCUUUCAUGGGACACGUUCGGAAGCAUGACAACAUUCUCCAAUUGGAAUCGUUCUUCCAGAAGAAAGCUGAUUUUCUUCAGGCUAUUGCCAUCAGCCCUUCCCUUUGGACGGGCAAAAAUGUUUUGCAUGCAACAGGUUCUCUGAGUGGUGGAGAAUGGACAGAAUGGGAUAUGGAGGUCCUCAAGGCUGUCAAAAAACACUCAUCCAUGCUUUCCGACUUAGACGAUGCCAUUGUUGCUUUUGUUGAUGGCGCUCACAAGGCUUUUGUGGAGUGCUUCUCCAAUGAGUUCAAGAUUGGCAGUGGGAUCAACACGCUCACAGAAAACAAGUGCGAGAAGCUCUAUUUCUUGUCGACCAAUGAUGCCAAUGAGGGAGGACUGGGGAGUUGGCAAUGUGGACAAGUGAGACAGCCAGCUGAAACACUCCAGAAGUUCAAUGCUUCUUUUGUGGCUGCACGAAACAACACUGAGUCAUUCAUCACAUACAAGCUCACAGAAGAAGAAGAAGACCUUUACGUGAUGUGA